UAAUGUCAACACGAAGCUAAUAAUUUUAUCAAAAAAUGGAAUACUUCGACUCGAAGAUGUAUUGUCUGGUGAUCGUGUGCCUCUGUUGUUUGGGCGUUGUCGGUCAGUAUGAAUGGCAACCCAGAGAUGCAUUCGACGAAAUUCGUUUAAAAAUGGACAAACUCAACGAAGAGAAUUGUCCUAUUCAGCAUCUAGGAGACCUUUAUUUACCAGAGGACUCGGUCUCUCAUUUGCCCGACAUCAAAGAUAUCAACAUUAAUCCUGUGUUCCCGAAUAGAACCGCUUUGUUACAUCUUCAUAACAUGGCACUUAGUCGAUCUUUCUUCUGGAGUUACAUUCUACAGUCACGAUUCAUACGUCCAGCGAUCAAUGAUACGUACGAUCCGGGCAUGAUGUAUUAUUUCUUGUCGACUGUUGCCGAUGUUUCCGCGAAUCCGUAUAUAAAUGCUUCGGCUAUCUAUUUUUCUCCAAACAUGUCCUACUCCCCAUCCUAUAGGGGUUUUUUUAACAAAACCAUGCCCAGAUUUGCUCCAAGAACAUUCAGAGCAGACGAUUUCAACGAUCCAAUACAUUUGGAGAGAAUAUCUACGAGAAACACAUUCACUGUGCAAGAUCUUGGAGCUUUUCCAAGUGAUAGUCUAAGUCACGAUUAUACAACCGAUUAUUAUCGUAUAAAUGAAUGGUUCAAAAAAUGGUUACCGGACAAUGUUGAGAAGAGACACGAUACCAAAACCACGUACCAAGUUGAAAUUCGGUAUUCUAAUAACACCAAUGAAACAUUCACAUUUCACGGACCACCAGGUGCUGACGAAUAUCCCGGUCCUGUAAAGUGGACAAGACCUUAUUUUGAUUGUGGUAGGUCAAAUCGUUGGCUGGUUGCAGCUGUUGUACCUGUUGCAGAUAUCUAUCCGAGGCACACAGGGUUUAGACACGUGGAAUAUCCAACAUAUACCGCUAUAUCUGUAAUAGAGAUGGAUUUCGACAGAAUAGAUAUAAAUCAAUGUCCUAGAGGGAAAGGGAAUAGUGGACCGAACAGAUUCACGAACACCGCAAGAUGUAAACCGGAAACGACCGAGUGUGAACCAUUACACGGUUGGGGCUUUCGUAGAGGUGGAUAUCAAUGUAGAUGUAAACCAGGUUUUAGACUACCGACUGUAGUACGUCGUCCAUAUCUCGGAGAAAUUGUGGAAAGGGCGACGCAAGAACAGUACUACAAUGGAUUUGAUUGCACUAAGAUAGGAUGGAUUCAUAAGAUGCCUGUACAAUGGGAAAAAGCGAAACCGCACGUUAGAGAAAAAUAUCUGGAACAGUUUUACCAUUAUAGAAAUUAUUCCACAGGUCCAGAAGCUCUGAGAUCCGCGAAAACAAAUAUCGAUCAAGCGCUUAAAUUUAUUUUGAGCAUAAAUUCACGAACUUGCAAAACUUACACACUAGAGGAGUUAACAUUGCGUGGUGAUAUAGGUUUUGGCGUUAAAGAAUUCUUUGAAAACGAGGCAAAAAUGGCGGCACGAUUAGCAAAUUUCAUUAGCGCGUUUUUACAAAUUUCGGAUCCUCAAGAAGUUUACUCGGGCAAAAGGGUUGCCGACAGACCUCUCACAGAGGAUCAAAUGAUCGGAGAAACUUUGGCUCUGGUUCUUGGGGAUACGAAAAUAUGGGGUGCCGGAACAUUUUGGGAUCGUAACAAGUUUACGAAUAGAACAUUUUUCGCUCCGUAUGCGUAUAAGACUCAGCUAAACACACGAAAAUUCAAAGUUGAAGAUUUAGCGAGGCUUAACGAUACAGACGAAGCCUAUACGAAAAAAAGUUACUUCCAAGUAUUGAAACAAAGAUGGGCGACAAAUUUUGACGAGUUGGAGAAGUAUUAUAUGAAAAUAAAGAUUCGAUACAAUGAAACUGGGGAAUAUUUGAAAAAAUACGAACAUUAUCCAAACUCUUACAGGGCAGCAAACCUGAAUCACGGUCACUGGACAACUCCGUAUUUCGAUUGUAACGGAAAAGUGAAGAAAUGGGUAAUUACCUAUGCAUCCCCAUUUUUCGGUUGGGACAGUCUGAAAGAGAAACUGGAAUUCAAAGGCGUUGUGGCUGUUACUAUGGACCUGCUUCAGCUUGACAUUAACCAAUGCGACGAUGUGUUCUACGCGCCAAAUGCAUUUAAGGGUACCCACAAAUGCGACAAAAAAACGUCAUACUGCACACCUAUUCUUGGCAGAGGUUUUGAAACAGGUGGCUACAAAUGUGAAUGCAAACAAGGUUUUGAAUAUCCAUUUGAAGAUUUGAUCACGUAUUAUGAUGGUCAAUUGGUAGAAGCUGAAUUUAGUAAUCUAGUUAACGACCAAGAAACAAGGUACGAUAUGUUCAAAUGCCGGCUAGCUGGUGCGUCGACGAGCGAUGUUAGCUGGGUACUGUUACUUGCAACGGCAAUGUUGUAUUAUUUGGUUAGGCGUUAAUAGAAUAAGUUAUCGCGGUCGAUACAAUUUACAGAGUACGUUAUAGUAGAUAUAUCAUUACAAUACAAUUCCGUCCGCUCGAUACGCUUACGGUAGACUAGAAGCAGUAGGAUCCGUCCAAUUUACGUACAUACGAAUUGUCAAGUUUAAUUUCUUAAGAUUAUAGUACUACGUUGAAACUCGGGGUGAGUAAACGUUAAGAAGGAUACAGAUUUUUCGUUAAACAUGCCCUAUCGCGCGAGUUUGAAAAGAAAUUGAGGGAACCAAAUAGUUCAUGCUCUUGAACUAUUUUUUU